GCGGUCUCUUGGCUCAUCCACCGGUGUUUUCCAGAUCUAGAGCUUCUUCUUCUAUCACUCUCCACUCGCCGCCAUAGCUUGUAUAUACUACCUGCAUAUAGUUUCCUCAAUUCAACUCCAGUUCAUAUAUAUUUGGCAUUGAAUGUGUAUCGAGUUCUGAAGAAUCAUGUAAGGUCGGUUCAGUGAGGAUGAAGUGAGGUUUCAAGAUGGUUUCCGAGUGGUUCGAGCCGAUGGCGGGGAGAAGGGUUCCGAAGAAGGUCUGGCUUGGGUCUCAAAUGUCAAUGGUAUUACUCGUGGGUGGAAAUCACACCUCCUCCAGGUUUUGUACUCGCUAAGUGUUUUGUUUCCGCUUCGUUUGGCUUAAAUUUCCUUUGAUUUUAAUCAAAUCCGAGUUUGAAACUCAAGAGUUUUUAGCUUUAGUUAGUGCGCUCGCUUGAUAGAUCUCGAUCGUGUAUUGAAAAAGAUCCGAAUUGAGGGAUGGAUUUGAAGGUGUUGAAAUGGCAAAUUCGUCGGGGGUCAUUGAUGAGGCGUUUGAUCCUCAAAAUGCUUAUGUUUGGGGCUGGAUUGAUUGUCAUUUCGUUUGUUCAAAUGGGCCAUGAGGUCCAAUUUUCGGAGCCCUGGAUGCUUAAUGAGAGUGAAUGCCCAUUGAAUUUUGGCCAUCUCAGCUUUAAUUUCACCCAUCUGUUUGGGGUGUUGCCAGUGCCAUGCAAGGAGAAUGAGGUUUUGGCUAAGAAUGUGUUCCAGGAACUAAUGGUGAAUAGUUUCUUGGAUUCUGAUGUGAAGGCACUGUGUGUGGGAGAGGGCUCAGAUGCUGCUGUUUUGGCCUUGAGGGAGCUGGGAUUCUCUGAUGUUUCUGGUGUUAAUAGGCACCCCUUUUUCUCCCUCUUGAAGAGGAGAUUCGUGUACGAGCUCGACUUUGGGGAUAGUUCUUUCGAUUUCGUGUUCUCUAGAGCUCUCGAUAGGGUCUCCGUGCCAGCUCUUCUCGUGCUCGAGAUUGAGCGUGUUUUGCGUGCUGGUGGCACGGGCGCUAUGCUUCUUGGUGCCAAUGGUUUCACCUCGGGAAACUUGGUUAGGUCUGCAACUCCAGUUUCGUCGUUCUUGAAGAGCUCUGAUGUUGUUCACGUUUGCCCUGUUGGGCCCUAUGUCCUAGUUCUGUUCAAGAAAAGAUUCCAAGCCGUGGCUCUCUUUGAUCAGUUUAAACUACCUGAUCAUUGCCCCUCGGUUAUGAACAACAAUCCCUUCAUGCCAUACAUUGAACCCAUUGGCAACAAAAAUCCAGCCAAGUUUGAUUCAAAGAUCUCGUAUUUGCCCAACUUAAUGAAUAUCUCAUCGAGGAACAAGCUGGUAUAUAUAAAUGUCGGGGCAGGGGAGCUCGUUGAUGCAGCCAUUACCAAAAUGUUCAGUGCUCAUUACCCUAUUCCCCAGCACGCUUUAGACGUUUAUGUCAUAGAUCACAACACCACUGCCCUCUCUUUGUAUGUGAAAACUCCUGGCAUCACGUUCGUUUACGAUCCAAAACUUGCAGGAGAGGAGACUGCAUCAUCGUCUGCUAACUACACUGAUGAUUAUCUUGGCGACGACAAAGACUUUGACUUUGUGCACUGGUUCAAUGAAACAGUAAACGAUGGGGAGUUCGUGGUGCUUAUGAUGAAUGCUCGGGCAGCAGAGUUGCAGAUUCUCGACGACUUGUUCAGAACUGGAUUGAUAUGCCGAGUUGAUGAACUCUUCCUUCGCUGCUCGGAUGCUGCGGUUUGGAAGCCCGCCAGGUGUGGCGACUGCACGAGCCUUUUCAAAGGUCUCAGAAACCGUGGCGUGUUUGCUCACUGGCUGGGAGAGUGACCUUGCCCGGCCUAGUCUCCUGGUUUGCUAUGAUCCUAUGUUUAUGUUGCUUCAGUUUCUGGUUGAGAAUAAGUACGAGGAUAUAUGUUGUAGAUUCUGAUGUAAUCUACCAUCCUUGUCCAUUGUAUUGUGUGUGAAAAGUGUGAUACUGUCUUUGUUGUAUGUUCCUCUUGUGUGUUGCAUGGAGGAAACAUUUGCUGUGGUUUAAUGUUAUGCGUUUGUGGGAAAAUUGGUAUUCUUUA